CUGGCGACUUGGAGGAACGUUUGUGUCAAAAAUUAUUUUUAGUUAACUGUUUGAUCGAACUUUGACAUUGAUCGUUUAAUAUGUAUGUGGAAAUAUGAGUACAAUAAUGCGAGGAUAUGAAAGGGAUAAUGAAGAAGCCAAUUAGAGUAUGGUCACAAGACAGGAAACGUCGAUAUGGAGUUGUUGCCAACAGCUUUAAGGAUGUCAUAGAGAAAGGUGCAGCAAAGCUAGGUAUACAAGAUACAGGCACUUUAACUGUAGUACUGGAAGAAGAUGGCACUGUUGUCGAUGAUGCUUACUGGGAGACUCUGGCACCUGAUACUAAACUCAUCUUCCUAGCAGCUGAUGAGGCAUGGCAUCCUUCUCCACUGUCAGUACCAAGCAACUUGCUGUUUGUAUCCGAUGAAAUAGAUGGUCCGAUGGGAGAUGAAGAGAGGGCAGUCAAUCUCCUCAAAUCACUAGAACAAAAUCCUGCAUCAGUUGCAUUGCUAAGCUUGUCUGACCUAGAGGUCAUCAAAGAUGCAAAUAUAAGCUCCUUGGAAUUGCCUAAACAGACCUCAGAUUCUUCCCUGCAGUUGCAGGAGUUAUGUAUUGAAUUUUAUGUUAAGAAGAAGAAAGAAGCAGAGGCAAUGGAAUUAGUUGACCUUCUGAAGGAACAUUUAAAGGGUAAUGAUGCAUAGAUGAAAUGUGCUGUUCUUUCAGCCGCUAAACCUUUAUAAAGGAAAGGCCAUUUUCAGUAGUAGGAUUGUGAAUUCCAUUGAUAUUUUUAGAAUAUUAAAUACAGAAUUAUCUUCUAUCUGAAAUGACUCAAGGUGAAGUGGCUUAUAAAGAAUACAUUUGAACCCAUUAUCUAACCAUCAGAACAUCUAUACUGAAGUAAUGAUAAUAUGCAAUUGAUUUGUUUUAUGAUGCAAAAGUUCUUAAUGAGAGUUCAACGAAAAGAAAAGAAAAAAAAAUAAAUACAUUAUAUACUUGUUUUAUGUAGUAAUGUUAUUUAAACAAAAUUUUCUUUUGGAAAUACAAUUUGCGAAAUCAAAUUUACCAUGGAAUAAUGAGUUCGUGUUCAUAACUCAACAACUACUCAUUUUAUUCAUAUACAAAUGCAUAAAU